CUGUCCGUUGGUGUUCACGCGAGCUGCGGGCUGUCUGUCUGACCUGACGAGGGAUCUAACGAUAGACAUUGUGGACGUUAUCUCAUCGCGGUUUGAAUUACCAUUAUCCGUUGGGUCGGUUUUAGCCUUUUGGGGGGCUAAAUACGGAUUCAUCCUGGAAGAAUCCGGAGAACCGCGGAUAUCUACGCGGCAUGGUUGCUUCGUGACCCGCGGCAGGUGUGAAGAGAUGCCGGGGGAGCCGCCGGCGGGAACCGGCCGGGUGGUGCUGGUGAAGAAGAUCGUCAUGAAGGACGGAGCUGCGCUGCAGCAGGGCAUCGGCAGGCCCAGUGUGUAUCAUGCUGUCGUGGUCAUCUUCUUGGAGUUCUUCGCCUGGGGUUUACUCACCACGCCAAUGCUCACUGUUUUACAUGAAACAUUCCCUCAGCACACGUUCUUGAUAAACGGACUCAUUCAGGGCGUGAAGGGUCUGCUUUCAUUCAUGUCUGCUCCUCUGAUUGGUGCUCUAUCUGAUGUAUGGGGCAGGCGGACAUUCCUAUUGGUCACUGUCUUCUUCACCUGUGCACCAAUCCCUCUGAUGAGGCUCAGCCCCUGGUGGUACUUUGCCAUGAUCUCCAUGUCUGGAGCUUUCUCUGUCACCUUCUCGGUCAUCUUUGCCUACGUCGCUGAUGUGACAGACGAGAGAGAGAGGAGUACAGCGUAUGGUCUGGUGUCAGCUACUUUUGCAGCCAGCCUGGUGACGAGUCCGGCCAUCGGAGCGUACCUGUCCGCCUGGUACGGAGACAACCUUGUGGUUCUCGUGGCCACACUGAUCGCUCUAGCUGACAUCUGCUUCAUCCUGCUGGCUGUACCUGAAUCUCUGCCUGACAAGAUGAGGCUGAACACAUGGGGGGCGCCUAUUUCCUGGGAGCAGGCUGACCCCUUCGCUUCUCUGAGAAAGGUGGGUCAGGACUCGACGGUCCUGUUGAUCUGUAUCACUGUGUUCUUGUCGUACCUGCCUGAGGCUGGACAGUACUCCAGCUUCUUCCUCUACCUAAGACAGGUCAUAAAUUUCUCCUCAACAACCCUCGCUGUGUUUAUCGGAGUGGUGGGAAUUCUGUCCAUCGUAGCACAGACUCUGUUCCUCACGCUGCUAAUGAGAACUCUGGGGAACAAAAACACAGUUCUGUUGGGUUUGGGCUUCCAGAUCCUUCAGCUGGCCUGGUACGGCUUUGGAUCAGAGCCAUGGAUGAUGUGGGCGGCCGGUGCUGUAGCAGCGAUGUCCUCCAUCACCUUCCCGGCCGUCUCUGCUCUGGUGUCACAGUCUGCUGAUCCUGAUAAACAAGGUGUGGUUCAGGGGAUGAUAACAGGGAUCAGAGGUCUCUGUAAUGGUCUUGGUCCAGCUCUUUAUGGAUUCAUCUUCUUCCUCUUUAAUGUGGAGUUAAACGCCAUGGACCCCAUCCAGGGCGACUUUAACAUCGACCCCCUGCCUCUGCACAGUCCUACUGAGCAUGCCCUCAUUCCCGGCCCACCCUUCCUGUUGGGAGCAUGCACCGUAGUCGUCGCCUUCCUCGUGGCCCUCUUCAUCCCAGAGAAACCCUCCUGCUCCUCAUCCUCAUCCCACUUGUCCCUCAGCGACAAGCCCCGCCCAGACAGUAAAGAGUCGAUGUCCUCGCUGGCUGGCGUUCACAUCAACACGCCUCUACCAGGCAGUGAUGAGGAGACGCCACCCACUGCCAGUGAUGAGGACUUUGAGCCUCUUCUUCAGGACAGCAUUGUUUGAUUGACACCUGGAAUAACCACUUGAUGGAGCUUUUUUGACUGACACUUUGUUUCAGAACAAAGAAUCAGUUAUAACAUUUCCAAGGCGGGACUAAGUGUUUUUUAUUGUCAGAAGAUUCACAGCAAGCAGCUCCAAUUGCAUUCUCACGUUGCCAGAAGGAUAUAAUCCACCUUCUAUGGGAGCUAGCAUCAUCUUUUGAGCGACCAAUGAGGAUGUCAAUUGUGCAAGUUGGCAGGAGCUAAAAGCUGCCCACACAAUGUCUCUGAAUUGACAGUUUUUUUGGAUUGAAAUAAAGAAGGCGAGGCCAGCUUGGACAGCACAGUUAAAUGGAAACCAUCGAAUGAUUUCGCAAGUGGAGGGACCAACUGUGUUUUUCAUGGCAUGGGCACGCCCAGUUUUGGGACCCACCUGGAUAAAAUUGCCCUAACGGGAUGAAAGAGUAUAUUUUGAAGCUUUAAUGGAAGGAUUACUAUUUAUCUUUAAGCUUGAAGUCUUUGAUUGUUUUUGUGAUAAACAAAAAAGGUAUUUUUACCUUCAGCUGUAUCAUUUGAAGCUGUAUUUUACUUAUUUCUCAUUGGUUACUGAACAAAAAAAGUAAGAUGUCUGCGGAGUACUAACAGCAGCCAAAACAUCAGUGUUGUUUAAUAUUUUUGUGCGUGUUGAAGAACAUUUUUGUUACACUUUUUGUUUUUUGUUGGGUCAAGGGAUUUGUAUUUUUUUUAAGUGUACAGUAUCUUAACUUCUAUUGAUGCUAACGAGGUAUGAAUGUGACGAUUUGAGAGAUAAGUCAGCAACAUGAAAUCCUACAUGUCCAAUUAUUGAUUUUAAGAUAUUUUUGUCUUAUUUCAAUGGCCAAUUAUUUUAUUUUCCUCCUUAGAUUUCCCUAAGGGAAAUGUUUUAGCCAAAAAAGUCAAAAUAUAUUUAUUAUACAUAUUUGAAAAAUAGCCCAGAUCUAUACAGUUUAAAAAAGUAACCAAAUAAACACCUCUGUUCGAUCGUAAUUUUCCUUUGUAUUUCACCAGUCAGUGUCCCUGUUUGUCACUCUACCUCAAAUCACAUGUUUUGAACCGCUUUCAACCUGAAUUCCACCUUCACCUUUGUUUUAUUUUUGUAUAGGAGUCACUUUAUGAAAGUGCUGCUGGCUGCUGGCAGUGGGAAACCUCAGAGCUGCAACCCUGUGUUUAACUUUUUAAGUAUGAUUUUAGUUUCAUUAAGAUAAAAGUCAAACAGUUUUAAACAAUUAAGUGUUUAAUUAGUGAUAUCUUCAGAGUAAGAUCUUCAAACAUCACUAGUUUCAGUGCAAUAUCCCUGUGAUGCUGAUUGCAAUAGAUUCUCAAGGUGACACCAAAUUUAGUAUGAUCCAGUUCUUUUCAAACUUUCCAUACUAAAUUUGGUAGCGCUGUGACUCAGUGUUAGGCUCAAGAUGUUUUCAGACCAAAAUUGAGGAAAAAAUCUGUUUUUGAAAAUGUCUCUAAAUUGAAGAAACUGAGAAAGAACUAUUCAUGGAGCCAUCCUGAGACCCACCAGUAAUUCUCCAUUAGGGCCUGUGUCCAUAGACAGCACUUUUUUGUGCCAGCAGCCCCUACACCACAACCUUAGUUUCACAGUACCUGUGCGCUUAAUGUUGUCCUUUAUUUAGUCAAGGCAUGAGUAUUCAUAGAUCGUGAUUCAUAUCCAGAGCAAUACACAGUGCUUACCGUUAAAAACCAGAACAUUAAGAGCUAAGGCUGAGUAAUUUCAAAACUUACAUUACAUCUCAAUCAUGCCAACUACAAUCUUCAGUUUGCAGAGGGUUAAAUAUUUCUUUAGUCUGAUGUGUCAGACUAUCCAGUUAAUACUUUUUUGAAGCUAGUGCUGUACUUAUCAUGCCAACACUCAAGUGCCAUUUUUAAAGAAAAGUUUGUAAAAAUCCUGCUUUCCUUAUGUUUAUGGUAAUGUGUUUGUUAAUCAAAAUGAGACUGACAUAAAAAUGAUUAUUUCCUUCAAAACAAGUCCUGUUGGAUUUCUAAUAUCAGCCAACAUAAUUGCAGUUAGAUUUUUUUCUUCUGUACGGUUCAGCCCUAUUAAGAUCAUUAAAGACAGCCAAAAGAUUUUAGAAAUGAAAUGUAUUCAAAUAUAAGACAAAAAAAAUGACAUUAAGUAAAGAUAAGAAUUUUUAGGUCUUAUCUAAGUCCUCUUCCCAAAGAUCUCAGUUCACCGUUUGCAGACCAUGGCAUUGUUCCCUUAAAAAGACAAGUUAGAUUAGAUUCUCCUUUGCCAUUGUUGAUGACAAAGCAGAAAUCAAAAGUCCCGUGCCUUUUGAUUGUGACUGGCCAGAGACAGAACGGUGAAAGAAAUAACUAGGCAGAAUGUUUGGCGCAGGACAAGAAAAUCAUCAAAGAGAAACAGGUCUGCACACUAUUAAGAAAAAUGUUUUAAAAGGACACAUUUCUGUUUACUGGAGAGCUAGGGGGAAGUUCUUGUAGAUUGAAACGUUGCCUUUUGAAAGGACAUUGAUGAGCAUGGCUCUGUUCAAAACCGUAUCAACAAGAACAGCUAACUUCGAGGGUGUUUUUUGCACUUCAGAAAACACUUGACUGCACUGGGUUUAUAUUGAUAUUGUGCGCUGCCAGAACAGAAAACAUGAACUACGAAUACAGGCCCUAAUUUGUGAUAAACAGUUUAAAAAUUAAAGGAGUAUUUCAAAAUUUUAGCUGUGUUUGUCACUGAAUGAUCUUAAGUGGCUCAUUCAGGGGGGUGUAUGUUGUCUAAAAUAUUGAGAACUGCAAAUAGUGUCUGAUUAUGUUCAACCCAAGUAAACAAAUACAAAUGAUAAUGAAAGAAAACCCCUUUGCUUUUGGUCUGAACUCAGCUGGAGCUCACUAGAUGUGGUCGCUGGGCUUCUAAAGUCCUCCCAAACUGUAAGAGUGAACUUGUAAUAAUUCUUUUUGUAUAUUUCAGUAGGGAAUAUGUAGCAUCACUCAGCUUUUCAUGGCAUCAUACUGUCAUCUAGAAUGGUGGUUAUUAUUGCCACUAGUCGGCAGUCUGACACCAUUAAGUCGUGUGAGUACAGCAUUGUUCCUGGCUCCCAUUGUCCAGUGUUGUGUGCCUUCUGUUGGCUUUUAUUUCAGCUGUGAGAUCAUUAAAACACAAUUGAGCUUAAGAUAGUGCUUCAAUUCUGCAGUUGUGAUGUUUUCCUCUGCCAGUGGUUAUUUUUCUUUGAAUGAACUUAUACUUGAAGCAUCAGAAAGAGAUUCUAUGAGAGCUUUAGAGUUGAAAUGCUGUAGAGUUUAAGAUUAUUUAACUAACACAGAGUGUACAUAGUUAUUUGCUUUAUGACCUUAAAAUGUAAAUGUACAUGCGAAUGACAUAAUGGUAUGUAUAUAAUGUGAGUGAAGCGUGGGUUGGCUUGUUUGUUGUGGUUGGUAGGAAGGUUUUCCUUCAGGUUUCAGUGCAGUGACACUCAAUGGCACUAAAACAGUCUGGAUUGGAGUUCUUCUCCCUUUCUGCAGUUUGGCACUUAAUAAGAGCAUUAAUCUUAAUUUUUUUGUUUUUCUAACUCAUGUAAACAAUUCAAUCCUCCCUUUUCUCUAUCAUCCUCCCUGGAGUUUGUUUAUAAGCACUCUGCUAUCUUUGGCAUCAUGUUUUCUGUCAGAUGAUGAUCGUUCACUCUUUUAUACCAACUUAAAGGUGCUAGAUCAGAUCAAGUUUUCUGCUUUUUAUCUCAUCUGUUGUAGCUUUUUUAUCUUUUCUUUUCAUUACCAUAACUGCUACACUGUUUUGUUGCAGCUUCUUUUUUAUAACCCAGCUCAUGUGAUGUAGGAGUUUAUAAACCAGGAUAGGUCUUAAUCCAGCUCUCUGUAGUCCAGAUGUUUGUAAAAGAUAAAAUUCCAAACCCCAUCUAAUAAAUUAUGUGUUAGCACUACAAUGAGUUAAACUGACUUAGCCAUGUAAAUACUGUACAUGGAUUUGAUGUGUGUACAUGUGAAGAAUUAAAUGUAAAUGGGACUCAUUGUAAAUACACUCUGUCUGUUGUAUCGUCUGAAAGUGUAUACAAGCCAGAUGUUGGUUAUUGGAAAUUAAAACAAAA